GAAAUAAGAAUAGUGAGCCAAAACUUUCACCACAUACAUGCAUACAUAUCAUCAAUAAUAUAUAUAUUAAAAAAAAAAGUGAUUCUUUCUAUAAAUCCUUUCAUCGAUUCUUCCAUAAAAACAAACUCUCAUAAAAAUGGAAACCAAAGGUUUCACUCAAGAUGGUACUGUCGAUCUUCGUGGUCGCCCCGUUCUUGCUUCCAGAACUGGGAAAUGGAAUGCUUGUGCUUUCCUUGUUGGGUAUGAAGCAUUUGAAAGGAUGGCCUUUUAUGGAAUAGCUUCCAACUUAGUGAAUUACUUGACGACCCAACUCCAUGAAGAUACAGUUUCAUCUGUAAGAAAUGUGAAUAGCUGGUCAGGAUCGGUAUGGAUCACACCAAUUCUUGGAGCUUACAUUGCUGAUACUUACUUGGGUCGGUUCUGGACUUUCACUGUUUCAUCUCUUAUCUAUGUCAUGGGAAUGAUAAUGCUCACAACAGCAGUUUCAUUGAAAUCAUUGAAGCCAACUUGCACCAAUGGAAUCUGCAACAAAGCCUCUACAUCACAAGUAGCUUUCUUCUAUAUCUCUCUCUACACCAUAGCACUAGGAGCUGGGGGAACAAAGCCCAACAUAUCAACCUUUGGGGCUGACCAGUUUGAUGAUUUUAAUCCCCAUGAAAAGGAGCUCAAAGUCUCAUUCUUCAACUGGUGGAUGUUCAGCUCUUUCUUGGGUGCCUUGUUUGCUACCCUUGGCCUAGUCUACAUUCAAGAAAACUUGGGUUGGGGGCUUGGCUAUGGGGUUCCAACAGUUGGUCUUUUGGUCUCCCUCGUUGUGUUUUAUCUUGGAACCCCAAUUUACAGACACAAAGUAAGGAAGACCAAGAGCCCUGCCAGGGACCUGAUUCAAGUCCCCGUUACAGCAUUCAAAAACAGGAAACUUCAGCUCCCUCAAAACCCUUGUCAGCUUCAUGAACAUGAGCCACAAUAUUACAUCAACAGUGGGAAACGGCAGGUCCAUUACACUCCAAUUUUCAGAUUCUUAGACAAAGCUGCAGUGAAAGAUGGCAACUCAGGUAGACCACCCUGCACUGUAACUCAAGUGGAAGGAACAAAGCUUGUCCUUGGGAUGAUGUUAAUAUGGCUAGUCACCUUAGUUCCAAGCACCAUCUGGGCUCAAAUAAACACAUUGUUUGUUAAACAAGGAACCACCAUGGAUAGAAGCUUAGGUUCAAGCUUUCAAAUCCCAGCAGCUUCAUUAGGUAGCUUCGUGACACUCUCCAUGCUGAUCUCAGUACCCAUGUACGAUCGCUAUUUCGUGCCAUUCAUGCGCAGUAAAACAGGGAAUCCGAGAGGAAUCACACUCCUCCAAAGGCUUGGCAUUGGUUUCGUCAUCCAAGUCAUUGCGAUCGCCAUCGCAUAUGCCGUAGAAGUCCGAAGAAUGCAUGUCAUAAGAGUGCAUCAAAUCACUGGACCCAAACAAAUUGUUCCAAUGAACAUAUUCUGGUUGCUGCCACAGUAUGUUCUACUUGGAAUAGCCGAUGUGUUCAACGCUAUCGGUUUGCUGGAAUUCUUCUAUGAUCAGUCACCGGAAGACAUGCAAAGCCUAGGGACAACAUUUUUCACCAGUGGGAUUGGAAUUGGGAACUUCUUGAAUAGCUUUUUGGUAACAAUGGUGGAUAAACUUACAGAUAGAGGUGAGCAUAAGAGCUGGAUUGGAGACAACUUGAAUGACUCUCAUUUGGAUUAUUAUUAUGGUUUCCUUUUGGUCAUAUCAACCCUUAAUUUAGGGGCAUUUAUUUGGGCAUCAAGUAAAUAUGUGUAUAAAAGGGAAACCAAAGAAGUGAAUGAGGGUUGUAUUGAAAUGGAGAGCAAAGCCUUGGAGAUAUCUCCACUAGGAUUACAAGUAUGAAAAAUAAGAAAAAAGAAAUUAGUACUGAUAAUAAAAAGGUGAGUGGUAGAAAAAAAAAUUAUGAUGUUUGUGUAACCCCCCUUGGAUAUGUGUAGCAAUUAAUGUUUUAAUUUCUAUUUUAAUGACAAUAGUGUAAUUUCCACUA